CUGGACACGUAGGAAGCGGCGUGCUAUUAUUUGCGACGCUAGGCUCGCAUACCGACGCGGAUGAAUACCCCUGCUCGAAAUCAUCUGGCCAUCGGUGUUCCAACGUUAUUAACAGGGUGCGGAAGACACGAUGGCACCAAUCCCCUAGUAGCCUCAUCUAUAUUUGUUCACAUGUCGCGAUUGAAAAUUCCAUUUCAAUGCUAUGCUCCACAAAGAAACCUAACCGAAGUGUUUAAUCACUUUAAAAACAAAACUGAGUUGCAACCGCCUUACCGGUGUGCAUUAAUCGAGUCUGCCAGGAUAGCUAGAGGGAAUGUUUUACCGUUGCACAAAUUGAGGAGUAACGUAUGUCAUCAUAAAGCCCUAAUUAUUCCGGACGGACAAGGAUCGAUAAAGACAACAUUGGAUUUUGACGAGGGGAAAACCAUUAUCCCCGAGGUCGAAUAUGUUUUAAAAGAAUUUAUAAAUGCUAGAAAACCAAUAGGAUUUAUGGGAAUUUCAGCAUUAUUAGCUCCUUUUGUGGCCAAACACCCUACAAUUACGUUGGGCAAAAAUGACGAUCAAUGCAAAUGGCCGUUUAGACACUUUAUACCGAUUGCAGAAAAGCUCGGAGCAAACGUUUUGUUAAUGGAACAAAAUGAAAUUUGUCACGACAACAAAAAUUUGAUGUAUAGCACACCAUCGACUUUGUAUUCUGCGCCCAAUGGAAACGUUGUAGAUAUUCACGAUGCUUGUUGUUCAUUUGUAGCAUGCAUGUACCAAAUAGCUGACGUUUGUAAUAAAAACAAUUCUAUUAAAAAUUGUACACAAUAAAAUUUCAUUGGUUAUUAUUUUAGCGAACGUACAGGGAAUUUUAAAGCUAA